AGUGGGCGGUGUCGACGGAGCCACAUGGAGCCAGUUGGGUAUCUCUGUGCCAGUUAGUCUGAUCCAUCCUCCGCUGGAUUUGCUCCGGACGCUCCGGAGCAUCUUGGCGCAUCAGCAGCAUCCUCAUCUGUGCGAGAAAACAUUUGAACUGAACUGAGACAAAUAUACUCUUCAAUAUAUUUUUACGCGAAACUCUGUUGAUGUGACUGUAUUUUUCCACAAGCAGUGGAGAAGUGAAGACUUUAUUUUUUCCAUUUGUGCGUAAAAGUUCAUCUUGGUUGAAUUAUUAAUUAACUGGAGCGGAAUAUUGGCUUCAUAGUGUCACUAAUAUUUGUUCUUUUGCCUUCUGGAUGGACUUUGAGCUCCUCUUCAUUCAUCACAACGGAUUUAGCACUGUAAAUUAUUAUUAUUUAGGGGAAUCCUUUAUUAAACUUUCCUUUCAAGCGUAAAUUCCUUUCAAAUUGGAUCACUCUGAGGUACAGAUCUGCUCUUCUGGUUUUGUCUUCUGUCUUUUGCAAGUUUAACGGUUUGGAUGGAAACAUGACCAAAGCUGUAACCGGACCGGUUCUCCUGAACAUCCUCCACCUGCUCCCGCUGCUGCUGCUUCAUGUCUCACCGGUGUGUCUGUCCGCGCAGCCGGGGCAUCCUGCGCGUUACUUCGGCAAAAUAGCCGAGAACUCUCCGGUCGGGACGCCAGUGGAUGGGGUGGCGAUUUCGGUCGGAGCUGCAGGUUGUCAUGGUGCGGACUUCAGAGCCAGCCUAAAGGGGGACUACGCGUCGGAUUUUAGACUUGUUCACUAUCACGGCCAUCGGGACUCCAAGGGUCAUCUGGGUUUGGUUUCCGCCAAAGCGCUGGACCGGGAAUUUAUAGCGAUGUAUGAGUUGGCUGUGGAGCUGUCGCCACGGUGUCUGAGGAAACCAGUCGCCAUCCAGGUCGAAGUAUCAGACAGGAACGACAACAUCCCCCGGUUCACCAGCGGGAACAAGACCAUUGAGGUAGAUGAGCUGACUCCUCUCAGAACCGAGCUGGCCCGCUUUGACGCAAAGGACGGUGACGCGGAGAGGAACGGACGUGUCACCUUUUACGCGUCGCCGGAGUCUUACCUGCUCCAUGUGGUUCCACAAACCGGGCAGGUGAGGCUAGUCGGGCCCCUGAAUGGGGUCGCUCAUGUGACUCUGCGCCUUUACGUGAAGGACGGCGGGAAUGUGGCGCUGAUAGGUGACCCGGUGUUCCUGCGCGUCAACGUCCGCCGGUCCAACAGAGCGCGGCGGAGGCCGAGAGCUCUGUCCGAGGAGCUGACCUACACGGUGACCGUCCCGGACCACGUCAGAGUCGGGGACUUGGUGUUCACGGUGCCCGACCAGAGGUUCAGUCAGAGGUGGUUCGAGGUGGUAUCUGAGGCGGACUCUCCGGUCCAGAUCGAACGGGACUCUGGGCGGUUGUACCUGGCGCGUAGUCUGCGAGAGCCGGCCGAGGUGGUGGUGAAGAUUCAAAACUUACGAGGUGAUGAGUGGUACUUGUGCAGGUUGACUCUGAGCAUGCCCAGUCAGGCUGACCUGCAGUGGGCGAUGUUUCCUUCACCUUACCUGGGAGCCAUCGGUCCUGAUGCUACACCCGGCUCCGUCGUGUACCGGCUGUUGGCACGGCAACGAGACGGGUCGCUGGGUCAAGCCCACUUUGUCCUACUAGAUGGUGGUGAGGACUGCUUCGAGGUGGACCGUCGUUCUGGGGACAUCAGAACCACCGGGCGACCUCUGACGCCCAGUAAGGAGUACCGAUUGCGGGUGCAGGCGGUGGAUGGACUCGGUCGUAAAGGCCCACCAGGCUCUGUGUCAAUCCUCGCCGGCUUCCGACCACCACAGUUCACCAAUUCCACCUACAGCCUGAGCGUACCGGAGAACACACCUGUUGGCCAACCUGUUGCAGUGGUUCAGGCCAUCUCCUUCCAGAAGAAGAGUCUGUCCUACAUGCUGUUGGUGAAUCCUGGAAAUCUGUUCAGCAUCAACCAGGAGAGCGGUGCGCUCAGCCUCACCAGGACUGUCGACUAUGAGAGCGGUCACAACCUCCACACCCUGCAGGUCCGAUCCUCCGAACCCGACACCGGCCUGGCAGGCGUGGCAGAGGUGGUUGUCCAUAUAACAGAUGAGAACGACUGCACGCCAGAGUUCCUCCACUCCAUCUACACCAGAGACAACAUACCUGAGAGCAUUGCACCUGGAACCUCACUGCUGCAAGUUCUGGCCCGAGACUGUGACUCCGGCAUGAACUCGGAGCUCUCUUACUUCGUACCAAGCGGCGACUUUGACAUCACAUCGGGAGGCGUGGUCAGCCCCGCCCGUCGCCUUGACUACGAGCGGCCCAAUCACAUCUAUGAGUUUGUGGUGGUUGCCGUGGACGCAGGGACACCUCCUCGCACCGGGACUGCAUCCAUCCGCAUCCGGGUCGCCAAUAGCAACGACGAAGCACCCGUCUUCUCCCAGAGCGUCUAUAAGACCUUCCUCAGUGAGGAUGCUGGUCCUGACACGCUGGUCGCCAUCGUCCACGCCAACGACCCAGAUGGAGAUGCUGUCUCCUACGCCAUCACCGGCGGCAACGAGGACAGCAACUUCCUGUUGGACAACCAAAAAGGCAUCAUUAAGCUGCGGCGGAGUCCACCUCCCCGGCUUAGAGGGCCUCAGUACAUCCUUAACAUCACCGCCACAGACGAUAACGCAUCAGGUGGGCCGUACCCUCUCAGCAGCUCUGCUCAGGUCAUUGUGGGAAUCAACGACAUCAACAACAACAAGCCAGUGUUCCAGGAGUGUCAAAACUACAGUUUGAAUGCGGCGGUCUUGGAGAACCAGCCACCAGGGACGUUUGUCCUGCGGGUCCAGGCCCAUGACGCUGACAUGGGUGUCAACGGAGAGGUCAAAUACGGCAUCAUGCACAGAGACGGAGUGUCGUCUGGGUUUGACAUUGAUCCUGACACUGGUGUGAUCUCCACAACGGUGAGUUUUGACCGGGAGCGUCAGAGGGAGUUCACGCUGUCAGUGACGGCCACCGAUCAGGCCGAGGAGCCACUCAUCGGAAUCUGUCAGAUCACAGUGCUGAUCUCGGAUCAGAACGACAAUGACCCCAAGUUUGAAAACAGCCGCUACCAGUAUUUCCUGAGGGAGGACACUCCAGUUGGAACUAGUUUCCUGAGAGCGGCGGCGCAUGAUGAUGACCAGGGAAGCAACGCAGCAAUCACCUAUUCACUGUCCAAUCAGAAGCCAGCAUACUUGCACAUCAACCCCAGCACUGGUUGGAUUUUUGUCAACCACCCAAUCUCACAGACAUCCAGGAUCAGUCAGCAGAUUGUGGCGUCAGAUGGAGGGAACCGUAGCAGCUCGGUGGAACUGACCGUCAUCAUCACCAACGUUCACAACCAGCCGCCACACUGGGAGCAGCCAGAGUACUGGGUCACGGUGACGGAAAACACUGUCCGAGAUGCCAAGAUAGUGACCAUCAAAGCAACGUCUCCGCUCGGUGACCCCAGAGUGACCUACAACCUGGAGGAGGGUCAGGUGCCGGAAACCAACAUGCCGGUGCGCUUCUACAUCAAACCAAACCGGGCGGAUGGCUCAGCAUCCAUCCUGGUGGCGGAGAACCUCGACUACGAGACAACUCGUUUCUUCACGCUCAGAGUGCGAGUCCAGAACGUCGCUGCCGUGCCGCUCGCUUCCUUCACCACCGUUUACGUCAACGUGACAGACGUGAACGACAACGUCCCUUUCUUCCUGUCGUCCACCUACGAAGCGACGGUUCCUGAAGGAGCACAGAUCGGCACGUCGGUGGCUCAGGUGUCGGCCACAGACCUGGACUCCGGUUUACACGGAAUGAUCCACUAUGUGAUCCUGAAGGAUGAAAGUGGGGAUUCUCAGUUCUUCAGCAUCGACUCGCGCAGCGGCGUCAUCAUCACCCGAGCCUCGUUUGACCGCGAGCAGAAAGCUUCUUACCUGAUCGAGGUGCAGUCGCAGGACGGCUCGGAGUCGGCUCGACCCGGCCAGCAGGGCCAGCCAAACACAGACACAGCCUAUGUCAGGAUUUUUGUCACCGACGUCAACGACAACGCCCCAGCCUUCGCCCAGCCGGUGUACGAGGUGAGCGUGGAGGAAGACAAGGAGGUCGGCUUCGUCCUCAUCACCGUCACAGCCAACGAUGAGGAUGAAGGCGCCAACGCCAAACUGCGCUACCAGAUCACCUCAGGAAACACAAUGGGCACCUUUGACGUGGAGCCUGAGGUGGGCACCAUCUUUGUGGCUCAGCCGCUGGACUACGAGAUGGAGCAGCGCUACGAGCUCCGGCUGGUCGCCUCUGAUGGGAAGUGGGAGAAUGAGACGCUGGUGGUGGUUCACGUGGUCAACCGCAACGACGAGGCGCCUGUUUUCAGCCAGACCGAGUACCACGCAUCAGUGACGGAGGAGCUCACACAGCUCCCUGUGUUCAUCCUGGAGGUGUCAGCAACAGAUCCAGAUCAGGAAGCCGACCAAACUGCUCUCCGUUACUCCCUCCACGGUCAGGGUGCUGGUGGUGAGUUCACCAUUGACGAGCGCACUGGGAGAAUCUACGCUCAACGCCGCCUGGACCGCGAGGAGCGCCCUGCCUGGAGAUUCCUCGUACUCGCCACAGACGAGGGAGGCGCAGGUCUCACAGGAUUUGCUGAUGUGCUGUUAGAAGUCCGAGACAUUAACGACAACGCCCCCUUCUUCCCAUGCCCGGCUCUGGAAGUAGACGGAUGUUUUGUCGGCCAAGUGCCUGAAAAUUCGCCUGCCGACACCUCCGUCAUGGAGAUGCGUGCCAUGGACCUGGAUGACCCCAAUGAGGGGAAGAACGCCAUGCUCACCUAUAGCAUCAUCAGGAACAUUCGCAACGAGAUCAACCUCAACCUGUUCUCCAUCAAUGCCACAACAGGGACCAUCUAUACAGUUCUACGUUCCCUGGACCGGGAGGUGGAGGACCGGUAUCUGGUGGUGGUGGAGGCCCGAGAUGGUGGGGGUUUGGCCGGGACAGGAACAGCUACUAUUAUGGUUUCAGAUGUCAAUGAUCAUCCACCUGUCUUCACUCAGAGGGUCUACACCACUCAGGUGACAGAGGACCUUGAAGUCAAUAGUGAAGUUCUUGUAGUUUCUGCCACAGACGGAGACGAGGGCGAGAACGCUGUGGUAACCUUCAGCAUCGUCGGUGGUGAUGAGGACAGGAAGUUCUUCGUAGAGACGGACAAAGUGAAUCGACGUGGCGUGGUAAAACUUAAGAAGAAGGUCGACUUUGAGAAGCCUCAUGAGAGGACUUUCAAUCUGACCCUAAAGGCUGAAGAUGCUGAUUUUUUCAGCCUGGCCUACUGUCUCGUUCAGGUGGAAGACUCCAAUGAUCACGCUCCCGUAUUCUUCCCACAGUUCUAUGAGUCACCAGCCUUGUCUGAAGAUGUACCUGUGGGGACAAUUGUUGCUCAGGUUACAGCUUCUGAUCUGGACUCAGGCCAAAAUGGACGCUUUUCUUACAGUAUUUCCAAAGAGUCAGACCCCUACAGUCAGUUCCUAGUGGACCAGUCUGGCUGGGUGGUGGUGGCUGAUUCUCUGGACAGGGAGAAAAUCUCGCAGCAUAGAAUCAUGGUCCUUGCGACAGAUGCUGGGAAUCCACCCCUUGCUGGAACCUCCAUCGUCAUGGUGACUGUGCUUGACGUUAAUGACAACGGCCCGGAGUUUGAAGUCCCCUAUAAGCCUGUCGUUUGGGAGAACACAGCAGCACCAGAGGCGGUGCGAAUGAAUGAAACCUCCCUGCUCCUUCACGCCACUGACCGCGACACCUCCACCAAUGGUGGCCCGUUCUCCAUACGGCUACUGAUGCUCACGUCCGACGCCACCAACUUCAAUCUGACGGACUUCCGGAAUGGCAGUGCAGCCAUCACCGCCCUUCGCACUUUCGAUCGGGAACGCCAGAAGGAAUACCGCCUUCCAAUUCUCAUGAUUGAUAGUGGCUCUCCCCCAAUGAGCUCCACCAGCACAUUAACAGUUGUCAUCGGCGACAGGAAUGACCACCCACACUCACCUGGACACACCAACUUUAUUGUCUACAGUUAUGAAGGUAUUCUCCCGACAACAGUGCUUGGACAAGUUCAAUCCCCCGACCUUGAUGACUGGAGUGAGAAAGUGUACCGGUUUGAAGGCAAAACAACCAGGUUGUUCAGCCUGAACCAGAGCUCAGGUCAGCUCAGUAUCAGAGAAGGGGCUCCUCCCGGCUCGUACCGCCUGAGGGUGCGCGUGUCCGAUCACAGUUGGCCAGACGUCACCUCCACCGCCCAGGUGGAUGUCACAGAGCUGCGGCAGGAAGCCUUGCAGCACGCUGCCUCCAUCCGCCUGACCAACCUGACAGUGGAGGAGUUUUUCAGCAGCAUGAGUGGAGGUGAGGAGAGUCGGUUCUAUCGUCUGGGCCGGAUGUUGGCUGAACUCCUUCAGACUUUGCCAGAAAAUGUCCAGAUCUUCUCUGUGGGUGAUGCUGGCCAACCGGGUGAGAAGGCACUCAAUGUUUGGUUCGCUGCCCACGGCUCACCGUACUACAAAGCUGAAAAACUGCAUGGUUAUGUGGCAGCAAAUAAAGCCAAGCUGGAGGCCACGUUGGGUGUGUCCGUCUCCCAAGUGGGUGUGGAUGACUGUCCCCACACAGACUGCAGUCAGUCCGGAGGCUGCAGCAACGAGGUUUCCUUCAGCCAGGCGCCGGUGGCUCUCAGCUCUGGUAACAUCUCUCUAGUGUCGCUGUCGGCUUCCUCCAUUGCUCGAUGUGGCUGCAAGGGCCGAGAGGCGAUUCACCUGCCCUGCUCCUCCUACCCCGUCAGCCCCUGCCUCAAUGGGGGCACCUGUGAGGACGGACCGCUGGGCUACCGUUGUCAGUGUCCUCCUAUGUUCGAUGGUCCCGAAUGCCAGCAGACCAAACUCAGCUUUGGCGGCCAGGGCUAUGCAUGGUUCCCUCCCAUCAUGCCUUGCUUCCAGAGCCAUAUCUCCCUGGAGUUCUUGGCUGAGUCGUCCAAUGGGCUGCUCCUCUACAAUGGACCGCUUGGUCCCGUCCAAUCUGGGGAGCAGGAGGACUUCAUCGCGAUAGAGUUGAGAAACGGGGUUCCAGCUCUGAGUAUAAACUAUGGAUCAGGAACACUGACCCUGCAGCUGCCACCCAAAUCCACCGUCACCGACCGGCGUUGGCAUCGCAUUGACAUCAUCAGUGACAGAAAGGCCGUUCAGCUGAUCCUGGACCAGUGUGGUGGAGUGGCAGUGAAUGAGUUGGAGGGUGUCGGAGGAGAGGUUCAGGAUAUAGACCAGUCCGGCUGCAGAGCUGCAGGAGAGACACCUGGGAACCAGCGGUAUCUGAAUGUUUUCCAGCCUCUUCAGUUGGGAGGUGUGAAAGACGUGUCUCCUCACCGCCGUUACCGCAGUUUCACCGGCUGCAUCCGCAACCUGGUGGUCGACAGUCAGGUGUACGAUCUGGCGUCUCCAGGUGAGAGUGUGGACAGCACCCCAGGGUGCAGGCUCACAGACGGGGUGUGUGUGACGGCAGCCGGUCCCUCUUGCGGUCUUCACGCCUCCUGCCUCGCCGACUGGGGCUCCUUCAGCUGCGAGUGCCACGCAGGAUACACUGGACACAAGUGUGACAGGGCCGUCCCAGAGUUCUCCUUCGACUCGGGCAGCGUGGUGCGUUUCCAGCUCAGAGGAGGCGGCAGCCCUCGACGCACCAACAUCCAGCUGCUCCUUCGAACCAGAGCCACCUCGGGUACUUUGCUUUCUGUGGCAUCGCGGGAGGCGAGCGAGUACAUCAUCCUGGAGAUCGUAGAGGGUCACAUCUCAGUGCGUGCCAACCUGGGUGACGCUGCCCACGCGCUGCGGCUGCCUGGCCAGCGGGUAGACAUCGGGCAGUGGAUCCUGGUUAGCCUCAGUCGCCAUGACAACAUGUUCACCCUGAGGCUAGAGCAGGGCGGAGGCUCACGGGAGGUCCAGGCCCAGCUGGGGAGCCGCAGGGAGAUCGUGGUUCACCCGUCCAGCCUGAUGGUUGGCAACGGACUAAGCGCCGGAGACAAGGCAGACUUUCAAGGUUGUCUGCGGGACCUCCGUUUUAACGGUCAGAUCCUUCCUCUGGACGGGCAGAGCCGGGACCUGGUGACAGUCCUGGAGAGGCGAGGCGUCACCUCAGGGUGCUCCAGUGACGCCUGCAGCAGCCAGCCCUGCCGCAGCCCACUGCGCUGCGUCGACCUGUGGAGGAAACACCAGUGCAAGUGUCCCGGCGGUCAGGUGACGGUGACAGACGAUUCAGGUCAGCAGCGUUGUGUGCCGUCGCCCUGCGGACCUUCUUCCUGCCGUAAUGGCGGCAUCUGCCAGGCACUUUCACCCGACAGCUACCGGUGCCGGUGUCAGGAGGGUUUCAGGGGUCAGCGCUGCGAGCUGGGGCAGGUCAAAGGUCACCGGCUGGCCACCCUCAGCCCCAGCUCCAUCCUGGCCAUCAGCAUGUGUCUGCUCGUCUUCUUCGCGGUGCUGGUGGCGGUGACGGUGUGGAACCAGAAAGGCAGCCGAAACAAGUUCAGGAAGCGAGGAGUUUACCACAUCCCUGCUGAGCACGAGAGCUGGGAGGACAUCCGUGAAAACAUCCUCAACUACAACGAAGAGGGAGGGGGAGAGCAGGACCAGAAUGGUUAUGAUAUCACAGAGCUGAAGCGUCCUCUCUGCUCCAGUUUGUCUCAGUCGUCCUCCUGCACCACCGCCCCGCUCAUCAAAUCCUCCCCAGGCUCCCAGGAGGAGGUUCAUCCGUCCGGUUCCUCCUGCAGCUCCGGCGCUCCCUAUCUCAGCAUCCCACAUCACCAUCACCACCACCACCAGCACGUCCCCAAUGCCAACUACAACAGCGACGCAACCUACGCCAACUACUCCGCUCACGUGGGCAGAGACGUGGACGCCAGCAGCUACGUUGACCCCCCAUCUGGGUCACGCUCCCAUGUGGACUUUAAAAGCUACGUGGCACGAAUCAUUUGGGAGGCGGACAACGACAGCGAGGCUUUGCCACCAGAUGCCUACCACGUCUGGUGUGUGGAAGGCUCGGGGUCUUCAGCAGGAAGCCUCAGCUCGCUGGGGUCGGCUGCGUCCUGUAGAAACAUCGCCACCGGCCCUGGCGACAAAGAGGAGGAGGAAGAUGAUGACGAAGGGGGCUUUGUUUGUGACAGGCUGUCCCGGUGGGGCCCGAAGUUCCAGGCACUGAGCGAGAUGUACGACCGGCCACAGCUGGCCCUCUCAUACAGGGACGCGAUGGCCUACAUACAGAGGAGCCACAGCCAUGAACCCCUGCCUCAUCACCACUAGGGGGCACUACACAACCCCAACCACACACAUGUAACGUGUUGAUAUGGAGGGGAAAGGGACUGAGUGCUGCGUUCACAUCAAAUGUAAAAACAAAAACGGCAAAAUGAAUGCGUUGGGUAUCAUCCCUUAAUGACAAGGUCACUCCUAUUAAGUAUGAUAUUAAAUAUUAGUUUUAACGAUUGCAGUGAUACAGCAGUGGACUCUGUUCUACUGUUAGACAUAUAAAUUUUAGUUUAUUCCUUUGUCCUCAACAAAUUAAUUAAACAUCUGUCCUAAAUUUUCAAAGUCAGAUCUUUUCCUGAAAGUCAAAUUUUGGCUUAAAAAGUGAUAUUAAGUGAUAAAAGAGGCAAGAGAGGGAAAGUUUGGUUUCUCAUUUGAUCGAUUCUUAAAAGCACUUCUUCAAGGGAAUUUUAGAUAUUUACAUGCUAAAAUGCAAAAUGUUGCCAGUGGUUUCAUCAAAAAGAUGAAAAAACUACUCAAUUCUAGCGUUUUGAAUGUUAUGCAAAAUUUGGUGUAACAAAGCUAAAUCAGAAUAUAUCAGAAAUGUGUAAAUCCAACUCCAAUGGAUCCUUUCAGUUUCAGCAAGUAAAACAUUUGUGUAGGUGCAAACGGGGCCUUGAAAUCUGAUUGGUUGCUCCACACAUCAACUCAGAAUCCUCAGUCAUAAUUGGCUGCUGGCCUUUUAAAAGCUGCACCAGCUGAACAGUCUAUAAACCUGUGAUCACUCAGUCAGGAGGAGCAACCAGGAACCCACAGCAGAGGUAUGCUAAUGUGAGUAAGCAUAUUAGUUUAAUAUGUAGAAAAGUGACCUAUAUUCAGGUGAAAGGCUCAUUGGCAGUGUUUUCAUUCAUUCUCAGUGAUCUUUUAGAGUUCUCAUUUGUUGCAUAUUAAUUCAUUUCAGAAGCUUUUUAUCCAUUUUGAAUGUAAGCUAGUUUGUUUACUAUUGGACGUUUUUGGUCUUGCUGGUGUAAAAGCGCCAAUACAAAAGGACGACAUAGUUUCCAAUCACUGUAAUAAUUCUCAGUAUCCUUGUAUCACUGUAUGCAGCUUUUUGAUGCUAAAUAACGAAUUCAGAACAGACUCAAACCAAAAAUCAUCUUGUCUUACACCUUUAGUAAAUCAGAUGUGACGUGAACACAGCAGCUCUGCUCCCUUGUGUAGGUCAACGGCAGCAGAGACGCUUUCAGGGCCAGAGGUUCAUCAUGUGAUCCUCAUGUUUCUUCGUGCAGAAAACAAGAUACAGGAUGGAGACGUUAGAGGUCUGAGCUGUGGUUCAGAAGCUUAAAGUAAAAAAAAAAAAAAGCACAGAGAAAACUGGUUCAUUUACCAGCUUCACACAGGAAUAUGUCACACGACUUUAUUUAUUUUUCGCUUUUAUUUCUUUCUUUAAAGCUGUUCAGUGUGCUGUAUUUAUUUGUGGGUAGUUUGUGGGUCGCUGAAUUUUGUUCUUGGAAAAUGGGUACUUUCAGGGUCAGAAGUUUUUAUUUUCUGGAGGAAGAUUGCCAUCAAAUUAUGUCAGAAAUGUUCAGGGUGAAGGGCGGUGUGUGCUAAAGAAUUAUUGUGGUUCAUGUAAAAACACCAACUAUAUUAAGGUCUUGAUGUUGAAAUCUUACAAAGGGAACUCAAAGUUCUUCUUUAAGGCCAUUUUAAUGUAGCAUUUCAAUCCUUUUAGCUCUGGCCCUACCAAGAUCUGCAAACAACAAAUCAAUCUCACAAAGAAUCAUUCUCAAGGACAAACUUUUUUUUUUUCUUCUUGAACCAUCUCUCUUUUAUUUUGUAAAGAAACAUCUAUUGGCCUCCUUGCUUUCUGCAGUUCCAUGCGUUAUCCAGAUCUCUGAAAAGAUCAAGCUUGUAAUUUCUCUUUUCUACCUUCUUGUUGCACUACCGGAUGAUUCAAAGUCCACAGAUGGGACCGUAUCUGACCGUGGAAAGACGUAAAAAAAAAGUUGACAAAUAGAAGCCUUGUCGGAUGACCAGGUGAAACACUUUUUUACCCCGAAGUGUUUCCACCAUAUAAAAUCAGCUUUGCUGGUAUGCUUUCAGAUGACAGAUUAUUUUUGUACUCCCUGGUAGAAACAUCCCAGAAGCUCUUUUGAACUUGCAGCUGGUUGUGCACUGUGUUUUAGAGCUGGGUGGCGUAUUUCUUUUUUUUUUUUUUUUUUUUUUUUUUUUGAAAAGUUGGUCAGAGGAAGCACCUGUAGUGGUAAGAUUAAAAUGUGUUUGGAAAGGAAAAGAAACAUGGCAGCAAGAGAGACAGAAUCUUAAUGACAUUCACACUUUCCUGUGGCUUGGAAGGCAGUGUAAUGUUACACCUGUUCAUCCAGCCAUCUUUUACUAUUACAGGUUAGUAACUUAAAUAACCCCUUUCUGCCCAUUUUGACGAGAUUUUAAAUCUAUUUAUUGCUUUAGAACUCCUUUUUUUAGGAUCACAGAACUAUAAGUAGUGGCUUAAUAUGAAGAAUCCACUAGUAUCACUAAAUGCAAAAUCAUUAAUUGCUUCAUUUCACAGUGAAUAUACUUUUUUUUUUAAAUAUUAAAGAAUUUUGUCAUGCUAAAAAUCUCUUAAAAUAUAAAUUGUUAUACUUCUUACAUUUGCUCUCCUACAGUUGAGAUGCUCUUUUGCUUACAUAAAUAAAUAGGCAAGAGUAGCACCUAUAACUCCUCAUUUUAUGUAUUUGUAGCUUAUAAAUUGCAGACCCUAGUUUUGCUUUUUUGAUUGUUUUGCACGCCGCAUUCAAACACCAGGAAGCGCCGCAGAAAGGGGUUAUUGACAAAGCUUUCCAAAAAAGUACAAAGUAAAUGUGUCUUAAUCAUCUACAUGUCCAGAUUUGAGAGUGCACACGUUCAAAAUAACUGCAGAGCAAAGUUUGAGACCAGAAAGCACAGUGAGGUGCUCUCACAAGCUGCUUUUCCACAGUAUUCAGAAUGAAAUUAAGUCAUUUUACACUCUGUGGGUCCGUGAAGCUUCAAGCAGCUGAUGAAAUUUUAUGGCACAUUGAGCUGCAUGAACUGUGGGCUCAACUGUGGGCACUUUUUAAGAGGUCACUGUUUGGAACUUUAGUGCAAAUGUGUCCCACGGUUGGUGUGCAGACGUGCAGUGUAGUAGAUGCAGAGAACUUUCUCACAGUUAGCAGAACAUUGUUCACAGACAUCAGUAAAAAGUUGCUACAAAACAAAGUCCUACUGCAGUUUUUUUUCCGUUGUCUUAAAACAUUAGUCAGAUGCCAGUGUUGUUCUUGUAUAUCGGUCCUGACAAGAGUUGCUGUAAAUCAGUAUCUUGGGUGAAAAUAUAUACCAAAGUUUGUCUAAAGUUCUUGAAUUUAGUUCAUGAGCUUAUUUCACAUAAACUGUGCAAUGUAUGUUUGCAUAGAAUCAGGACUGUAGAUUUUGUUCCCCAUUUUUUCCAGUUCAGCAUGAACAGGAUGAACAAUUACAACAAGCAAAUCCUGUUUCAGUAUGACUAUUUUCUAUUACAAUUAUGCAGCUGACUUUCUUUUUUUAAUUUUUCAGAAAUUCAAGUUUAAAAAAUUUUCAUGCUCAAAUUGGAUGGGGUCAGUUCAUAUCCAAAACUUAAGUGAAAGCUUAAAAUUAACCCCAUCCACCCCUGAGAGUACAGGAAGAUGGCCCUCUGGUAGUUAAUAAACUCACUCUACUAAAUUUAUUAGGUCUUUUAUUUGCUUUUUGUAUUUUGUUGCCUAAAAAUAAUUAACAGGUAAUGCCAUUGCUACCCUUGCUUAAAAUUCUGUGGAAGUUACAUGAUCCCAUUGACAAAAGCAAUCUAAACAAGCUCAAUAUUUAAUCACAAUUUCUUUUAGCAGAUUUUAGCUUUUGAACUUGAUUUAUUCAGUUUGAAAUAUUGAAAAUGUAUUUUUGAAAUUUGAAAAUCUUUAAUUUUUGAUUCUGUGUUUACAAAUUUACAAAAUUUUGAAAGGUUUGGAAUGAGAAAUAAAAAAUUCGGGCGCAGCUCAAAAACGUGGCUUAACUGAUUUCCUUUCAUGUUUCACGUACACUUUAAAAAUAUGAUUUUGAAGUGACAUUUGCUAUCACCAUCACUACAUCAACACAGUUUGCACGUAACUGAUACAAACUUGAGCCAACUAGAUCUAAUCAAUAUGAGGGACACUGACCAACGUUUUUCUGUUCUCACAAAUCUGCUCUGUGCACUCUCAAAUCCCAACUUGAAGAUUGAUUACCUCUUAAAUUUAUUUUGUCAUCACCUAAUAGUCUCUUCAUUACUCGGCUUCAGUAAAUCCCGUGAUUUGUUUCGGCCACAAGUCAUUGGUAUUGCCUGCAUUAAACCAUUUAUAAUUUGCAUGCUGCCAAAUUUGGUGACAGGAACUUCCUCUCUGAAGGUGAAAUGAGGACCAAAAAUUGGUUUGAUGUCUGUUGUGGGGUUGGACACCAGCUUUUCCUACUACCACUCUUCAAGCAGCCAAAUGUUUCUUUAAUUUUUUUUUAUUUUAAAGAAAAUAGAAACAGCAGUUAGUUCAGUGGUGGCUGCAGACUUUAACCAGCAUUGCGUCUGAUGGUUGUUUCCCAGCCUACCUCUCGGCUACGUAUGUUGUCUUUACACCGCCUGUUGAAUGUAGUUUUCCAAUGAGAGUGAGGAGGAGGAGGAGGAGGAGGCCGAUGGAGGGCGUCAGAGCAAGCAAAGAGUACAAUCAUAGAAAAAAAUAUUUAUUUCAAGCUCCAACUUGAUAAAAAACAUUUCAUUCAUACAUGCGUAAGUCAAUCUUCAGCCAACAAAAUGGCAACACAAAUGAUCCAGAUGUUUUGAAGGUUUUUUCACACUUCGAGGCAUGAUUCUCUUCAAGAAUUAUUGAUCAAACAGUCAGAAUAUUUGACUGAGACUUUACAUUGGAAGCAGAUUGUUGGAUAUUUUACUGUCAGAUAGUGGUAAACUUUUUGUUUCUCCUCUGGGAAAAAAAGAAAAGAAGAGAGCCCUGCUAGAAUUGUACUCAAAGCUAUGCAUCCAAAUGAAAUAACACAGGUGUCUUUUUCUAAACUGAUGUGAAGCUCCAGAUGUUGUCUGAGUUUUGACCUGUACUGUGUGCGACAUCUGUUGAUGUUUGUUGUAAAUCCAGUGUUUUCAAGACGGUGAAAUGCGCGUGUGAACUUGUUGUUGACUUCACAUGCAUUUAUUAGACUGCUAGUUUGAAGUGUCAUUCAGCGCAGAGCCGUGCUGAUCUGUAUGAUAUAAUGUACAUAUGGACGUUUUAUAGCAGCCUAACAUGGAAUAUUCCUUUUGUAUAUGACUUUUAAUAAAAAGGCUUUUCCCCAGAA